UUUUUUUUUAUUCGUAUAAUUUUUUGUUGUGGUUGUUGUUAUUUGUUUUGAUUCUCUGUUUUAUCAUAAUCUUAUCAUUUGUCUUAUAAUGGCCAAUAAUACCAAGCGAUCUAGUCGGCAUCAGCAUGAAAGUGCUUUCCAGAUCCAGCCUGGAUUAUCACCUUCCUCCUGUCGCUACGAUUCAUCUCUCGGUCUUCUAACCAAAAAAUUCAUUGCUUUAUUACGUUCAAGUGCUCAUGGGAACCUGGAUCUGAACCGUGCUGCUGCUCUCCUUAAAGUCCAGAAACGCCGCAUCUACGAUAUUACCAAUGUACUCGAAGGGAUCCAACUGAUUGAGAAGAAUUCCAAAAACCACGUGCAAUGGAUAGGUCACGAUAAUGCCUCGGAAUUGGAACAUCAUUUAGCACGCUUAAAAUCUCGUAAUCAAACCCUACAGCAAGAGCGGGACCAACUACUUCAUACGAAGCAAAAAAUUGAUCAAGAAGUCGAUGAUAUUCUCAAAUGUCAUGCCUCGCAUUGUUACUUGACCCUUCAAGACUUGGCCCGGUUCCAAGAUUUGACAACACGUGCCCAAGAUGACAACAAACAGUCCAUGCCGAAUGACGACGACGAUGACCACGCCCCGCUUUUGCUGGUGGUAAAUGCUCCGUAUAACACCGAUAUUGUCGUUCAACAAGAAGAAGUACCAUCGUAUCCGACCUCCAGAAAACGUCAUAACAGUUACGAGGCGAGUCCUCGUAAAAAGACAAAAUGUUAUAUUCGAGUGCCUGACGAUGACUCGGAUCAAACACUCCAAAUUGUGUCAUUGCGCCAAAAUAAAGCCUCCUGGCGAGGAAAAUAAAGACGUAUGCUUAAAAAACCACGACCCACUUACAAAUAUAACAAUCACCCCUGAUUUGUAUUGAUCACAACCCCCUUUGACAAAUUAACUUUCUCUUCCGAAAGUAUUUUUCUUUCUUUCGCGGAGAUGUUCAAUAUUUCCGCCCUAUCGACUCUUGUACAGAGGAAAGCGCUUUUUUUUGUUAUAAUGGUGUGCCUGAACAUCCCCUACCCCCAUUCUCCGCUU